CCUCCUAAAAUUGCAAGCGCUAGUCACACUCAAACAUAGGUCAUGUUGUUUAGGUUUUUGUUGCUAGGGUUUUGAGAUUUAAGCGCUCGUUACUCUCCGUCUGGUUUGUUUUCGCGGGGGGAGAGUUAGCGCAGCUGCUGCCAGGAGCACAGUUAGUAGUAGCAGAGUUAGGCUCUUGUAACUUCGAUUCAGAAUGGGACGUGUGAGAACCAAGACUGUGAAGAAGUCCUCUCGCCAGGUCAUAGAGAGGUACUAUUCUCGUAUGACACUUGACUUCCAUACUAACAAGAAGAUUGUGGAGGAGGUUGCCAUCAUUCCCUCAAAGCGCCUGAGGAACAAAAUUGCAGGCUUUUCAACUCAUUUGAUGAAGCGUAUUCAGAGAGGACCAGUUAGAGGAAUAUCACUGAAACUUCAGGAGGAAGAACGAGAAAGACGCAUGGACUUUGUUCCUGAGGAGUCUGCCAUCAAGACGGAUGUGAUUGAGGUUGACAAAGAAACAAUAGACAUGCUUGCUUCUCUGGGCAUGUCUGAUUUACCUGGAGUUGUCAAGCAGGCGGACCCCCCAAUGGGUGGUGGUGCUUUCAAGCCAGGUGGAUUCCAAGCUGGCGGUACUCUUGGCAGGAGACUAUAAUCUCCAAUUUUCCAUGGUUUGUAGUUGCUAAUUAGAUAUUUGAAGACACAGGUACUAGUCUGCGAUCAUUUUUUAUUAGGGGAUUUUGUUCAGAGCAGCAAGAUAUGUAUUAAACUGCCAGUAUGUGAUGCUGAGAAUUCUAUUGAAAAAUGAAUUUUCAAGUUUGUUGGCCCAAAUUGUUUUUGCUAGAUAAAUGUUCAUUGUUAAACCCUUGAAAUUUCUAAAAACACUAGCUGUUCUCGAGUUUAAAAUUAUUGUUAUCGUACAAACUGUGAUAUCAAUGGAUUAGCUAUGGUGCUAGAUUGCCAGUCAAAAUAUCCUUUAUUUUA